AUGCCCUUCCGCCAGACAGCGCUGGACUACAUGAUGCACAAGUUCAAGACUGCCUUGCCUGCAUCCAAUGCAGAGAUCUUCAGGGAUGGUCGACGGAGUGCAGCUGCUCAGCUGAGGGAGCGCAAAGCUGCCAAGGAUUUGAAGCUGGGUAAGAGGAAUGGCCCGUGCAUCUACUCAGAUGACAUCCCGUUCCAGCAGAAAGUCUUGCUGAAUUCCAGGCAGAAGAAGGUCCUAGACCUCACCUAUGCAAGUUUGCUGGAUGACUACAUUGAUCCGAUUGCCGGUGGAUACAUUGUGGACCUGGCCCGCUCCUAUGACAGGCGAACUUUGUCAGCAAGUCAGAUUUCUGCAUUGACCAGCAAUGUCCGGCUGUUCGACAUCGCUGCCAAAGAGUUGCUUUGUGGCCAGGACCUGCUUGCGCUCCAGGGCUACGACAUCAGCAAGCUGACGCACGAGAGCAUUUCAAGGUUCACGUAUUCAGAGAUCAACCGGAUUGCAGGAGAAGCCAUGUUAGCCCCGGUCAUUGGGACUCUUCUUGGCUUGGCUCUCUAUGGCAUAGUGAUUCCAAGCAAGGGGGGAGGUCGCUUCAACCUGUCUCCGGUGCUUCGCUUUAGAGCCGGAGGGUUUUCCAAUGAUCCAUGGAACCCGCACUUGCCAAUUGCCAGAGAAGUUCAGCUCCCUUUCACUUUCAACAAAGGAUUGUGUGGAGUGUUCAUUUGGCUGCCUGAGAAUCAGGCUGGAAGCAACAAGUUUUGUGAAGUGUGUAGGCUUGGGUUUGCCGUUGGCAAACCAGUCUUUGUUUGGCGGAUCCGCCUUGGGCCCAUUUUUGAUGACUCCACUCUGGUGACCUUGCACCCGGAGUGCGUUUCACAACGGUGCACUCUUUUUGGCAAGGAAGCCGACACCUUGCAAUAUGUCAACGAGUUCCUUGAUAAGUGGGAGCCUGACAUCAUGCAUUCGAAGACGCAUGAGGCACUCAUGUUGGCGAAGACCGAUCUUGAAGGUGUGUGCUGUGAUUAG